CUCGACUCCUUCUUGUAAGCUGCGUUGUGCCCAUGUUGUUCGAAGGCUGGUUGAUGUUUAAAGUGAUUAUCACUUAAAGCGGCAAUUAUUUAAGCGCUUUUCAGAUGAGGCACACAAUUCGCGAGUUUAUCGUUCCGAGCCUAUAGUACUGCAUUGCGCGACUUCACAGCAGCUCAGUUUUCUCUUCGGCGUGGCUUCGUAUAAGUGAACUCCUGUUCCUCACCAUCUCUCGUGAAUAGAGAGAUUCAGCAUUUUAUAAGGAGCUGACCCAACACACACGCCUAUGUCGACCAAAUUCCGCCAUUACUGUCGAUGUCUGUGGCGCGAACGUUAAGAAAGGAAAAAAAAAAAAGAAACGGACAGACUUUCCUGUCUUAAGCUUUGCGCCAGAAACAUCCACAGCUAUGCACCAAGUAGCCCAACGUCGUACACUUUGCCGUCAGUACCCUGCGAGAUUCACCCGACCUACACAGAACUUACUGCUUCACUCAGAUGAUCAGCUUUACGUGGGGAGUGAAUACAUAGAGAAGGCCCAUGUCGUAAGCAAAUCUUGUAACCGAUAUAUAACAGAUAGUAUCCUUAAUAAUUUACUGUAGUUAAUACAGAACGCUUGCCCAAUCCAACCAGUAGCCUGUUUUCUCGGCACUUUAUUGCUUCCGAAGUCAGCCCGUAGACAGUGAAGAUGUCGACUCCUGGCGAAGCCGCUGUACCCUCGCGAGAGGCGACAUCAAUGUACGCGCCAUCAACACGCUUCCCUUUCCGACAGGAAACGAUUAAAACCUCUUUACAAGCGUCAACAGCCAUUUACGUGGUAAUGUGCUGCCUGCAUGUUUGCCACACGCCGUGGGCUGCAUGCCGCACGCUGCACAUCUUCCACCGCGAGAUUAGCCACGUCUCAUCAACGCUUCAGCUUCCGGGAUUCGCCGCCGGCCCACCGUUCGAUGCUGCACGGAAGGGUCAAGGGCCUCGCGUGUAAUUCGCGUGGGGGGCAUUCUCCGAAGCAGCGUUUUCUUUCCGCGUUUCCUUCCGCCGGUACCGAAAGCCGCUUACACGGUAGCGGCACCGGCCGCAACGCAGGACGGAUAUAGCCUCUUGCGUCAGCGGCCAGAACUGCCCGCAUCGGCGCGGACGGACGUUCGACAUACCGGUCGCAUCAAAGGCAGCCACCGCUCGCGCUCCUCCGCGGCAGGAGGUAACCCGCCUCCCCAUCGGCGUUCCUGGCCGGCCGUGGAAUGCCAGGCUGCUUCUAGCGACGGUGGAGCCGAAUGCGUGCUGCGUAGUGCCGAGUGGCUUCGCGUACUGUGGAGAGGGGGCCCUUUCAUACUGCAACCUCCUUGGUCCGGCAGGGCCCAACAAAAGCGUGAGCAACGGCGGCAGCGACGCAGCCGUGGACGAAGCGAAGGGUAACUGGCCAAACCAGUCCUCCUGGCAUGGGGGAGGCUACCUGGCCAGCCGGCAAAGCCGCCAUAUUGAGGGGGAAGUCACCUCCUCGCUCAUGGUGGCGGCACGCGCCCUCUCUUCCUUCGUUGUGCCGCUCGCAGCGUAGUGGCGGCGGCUGUGGCGUUUAAUCCCGAGUGUGAGUUCACGGCGGUGUGGUGGCGCGUCUCGGUUCCCCUCCAGCUGUCUCUGUCCUUCGCCCGUUCCGCGCCAGCGUGCCAUCGCAGCCGUCGCGUUCUUCGGCGGCGACGAAGGUUCAACUGCGCCGUGCGCGAACGACCGAGCUUCGACUUGCAAUCAGGACCUUGCCGCCGAGUGGGCAAGCAUUCCGCCGUCGUUUGGGAUUGUGUGCGAUGAGGCAGCGGCGGUGAGGAAGGAAGAAGACGACGACGCCGUCCCGCGAUUUUGCGGUGAGCCCCCGGCGCGAGCGGCGGCGACGUGAAGGACGGUCGUGUGCGGUGAGCAGAGAGCGGUCAAGACGGCGGCGCUUAAGCCUAAAGCGAUCGAAGCGGGCGCGAUCAUGGAGCCCAAGUACGAGUACGCGAGCGAACUAAACCUCUACCAGGCCAACUACAUGCGCAACUCGAAGGCCAUCGGCGUGCUGUGGGCCGUGUUCACCAUCUGCUUCGCCAUCAUCAACGUGGUGGUGUUCAUCCAGCCGCACUGGCUCGGCGACACCAAGGAGUCGCGCGGCACGGGCCACUUCGGCCUGUGGCAGUACUGCCACCUGAUCCAGGACGGCCAAGACGUAACGUGCCAGGGCCGACUAGACGACUUCAGCUCGAUCCCGUCGGCGGCGUUCCGCGCGGCCACGGUGUUCGUCGGAUUAUCGGUUGUCAUGGUGUUGUUGUGCAUCUGCUGCAUGCUGCUGUUCUUCGUGUUCCACUCGUCCACUGUUUUCCACAUCUGUGGCUGGAUGCAGGUCUUCUGCGCUGUGUGCAUGGUGAUCGGCGUGCUGACGUUCCCGGCCGGCUGGGACGUGUCCGUGGUGCGCGACGUGUGCGGGCCCGAGGCCGGCGACUACGACCCGGGCCAGUGCGGCAUCCGCUGGGCCUACAUCCUCGCCGUCAUCGGCGUCGCCGACUGCGUCGUCCUGGCGGCGCUCGCCUUCGUGCUGGGCACGCGAUACGUCAAGCUGCUGCCCGACCAGUACAUCUCCAACGGAUCCGUCUACAAGGGAGAGGUGAACAGCGCCUUCAUGGCGGACAACCAGUCGACGGCGUCGCGCAAGUCCAUGAACCUGCAGCCCGUGAUGCUGAUGCCGCAGCCCGGUGGAGGACUGGCACCGCCGCAACACGACGCAGACAGGUUCUCCGAGUACUCGCACCGGACGACGCGCUCCAAGGGCGGCCAAGCCGCCGCUCCAAACUAUCGCUCCGAGUACUCCACGUCCAUGCACAACUUCCAGCUGUGAGGAGCGUGUGCUUGCCGAAGACGCGCGUCACGCCCACGUCGGUGACGGCGAAGUGUAACUGGCGGGCAGCAAGUGGGAAUCCACUGAGCUUGAAGAGGAGGAACUAGGCGGCACAAGAACUACUGUAUAAGUGAAUAACGGCGGUUUGCGGUAACCGCUGGUAAGGAUGCCUGUUUAACAACGGUAUUAUUCGGGGCCUUCCUGCACGAGGCAACGCCAUCACCAGGAGUAACAUGUUCUAGCAGUAAGCCGUCAGGUGAUACGCACCGACUGCCUUGCAAAUGUGCUGUGCGCUUCUGUUCAGCAACCGAUUUGCGCUUUGAUGCCUUCUGCUUCUGUCGACACUUCUCGGACCCGUCAAAACGAGAUCGCCGAGUAAAAAAUAAAAGUAAAACAAAACCUUUCUGCGGCCCCAAUCUGUUAAGCAGCAGAAGACGGCUCUGUCCUUGUGGCAGCGUGACGACAGUAGCUUCGGCGUCGACAUGCUCAUCGGCAGAAGCGAAGGAAUCACUGCGCCAUGUGUGCUGUCAGGCUGCGAGCCUCCUUCGUCAUGCUUGGCUAUUUCUUACCGGUUACCCGGGAGCCGCGUCGCUGACUCAGCAAAAGAGAAGGCCCAAUCCUGGUGGCAGGAUGGCAGCCGCAGCUUCGUCAUCGACGUGCGCAUCGAUAGCGGCGGAAAGAGAAAUGCUGUGUCGUGCGUCGAAUCAUGCCGCGACCCUCUUUCGACAUGCUUUGCCAUCUCGCAGAAGUCGCUGACUCAGCGAAAAGACGGCCCUGUCCUGAAACCAGCGUGACGACAGCAGCUUCGGCGAUGACUUGUGCAUGGGGCCGCAGCGGCGAAAGAAUCGCUGCGUCAUGCGUGGUGUUAGACGGCGAGUCUCCUUUGGUGUGCUUGGCGAUUCCUCGCCGUUCGACCGCAAGCCCCUUCACUGACUCAGCACUAUGCACGAUUGUGGUUCCGCUUAUGUCUUGAUUCCUUCCUCGCCCCAAGUGUGUGUUGAUUGUUGUGUGGGAGAAACUGCAGACCGCGAGUUUCCACGUGCGCGUUGUCUGGCCACCCUGCCUCAGAACUGAAAGAAAAUGAGGUCUGGUAGUAGGAACUCGUACUGACUGCCCAUUCGCCCGGCAUAUUUGUGUUUUCUCGGUUUUUCAGCGCUGCAGAGUAACAUGGAGAAUGAAUUUUAGAACACAAGCAAGAGGAGCGGCGCUCGCUCGCAAUCCACUAACCGUUGGAUUGGCCCGUGGCGACGGAAGCCGCUGGCAGCAAUGAUAUUGUGGAAGUAACGGCCUGAGAUGUACUUUUAUAAAGCGUUCAACUAGGCGUUUUGAGAAAAAAAAAUACGCAAGCUAUAAAGAAAGAGCAAGAACUCGGACAAUGUUGAGUUGUGUAUGCGUUGACUGCUAUACUACUGGAAGUAGAAGAGCGACGGAAAAUUAGGCGAAGUUGCGUUGUUAUGGAAUCCAUAGGUCUCGGUAAAGGCUGCGAACUUAUAAAGCCGAAUGUGAACAUGUUUGAUUUUAGAGCCGUGAUUCGCUGUACAUAAAAGCGAAAAACAAGACUGACCGUUAACCUGAGUCUGUUCGAAGAACGAAAAAGAGGAAAAAGAAAACCGUAUUCUAAUUUAGUGUGGUCACAAUGGUAACAGCCUCACUGCAGUAUGUCACUAGCGUAGAGGAAACCCAUACUCAGCCAAAAAGUCUCAUGUGUACUUCAAUCUCAGUUCAGAAAUAGUAGGAGAUGCUUAAUUAUAAGAAUGAACAACGCAUAGAACCCCCAUACAGGCGCUUUAGCUCUGCUUUCUUAUUAUUUUUGACCAUAUUCGCAAUGCGCAGCGGCAUCAUCUAAACGGUAAACUAUAAGCUAUAAACCCUGCGGCGACUUGUGACGACAAGCACUGAAAUCGCUAAUUCUCAGACAUCGAGUUUAGCAGUUCUCGUGAAGCUUCCCAUACUUCAACGAAAACGGAAAGGUGUGGGUCGAAAAGUAAGAAGUGGCGAAGGAAAGAAGCCAUCUCGCUAGCGUCUCAGCAGCGAGCAACGACCGCCCUAGAACGAUUCUCGGAGCAGCAUCUAAACUCUGGAGAAUCGCGCACACUAGUAGCGACGUUUCCGGACGCUAAUUGAUCUUCGAGGUUAAACAAACUCGUGUGCAGUCGUUGACAGCGUUCGCAAACCAACCCGCAAGCGACACGACCUUGUCACCAGUCUCUGUCACAGGGCUUGUGGAGCAUGCCUGCCACUUCAAAGCUCGCGAAAUUGACAAGGACUAUAGGACUCUCGAACUGUGCGGUUUCGGGACGACAUCCACAAAAGAUUGUUGGUAGCAGCACCUUCGGCCUUCAAUCGAAAUGUGUAUCGAGUGCUCACCCUAAGCAAACCCUGUAUUCCAUGUAGGCUGAGUUGAGAAUUUGUGGGAAAGUGUCUCGCGCUAUUUACGCGUGUUCCGAAAAACCUUUGCCGUCGGGUGUAAGCUCCACAGUGGCCCCAAUACGCGGCCCGACGUCGUAUCCGGUCACUCGUGCACUGACUUGACGCGUACGCUAGGUCACAGCAACUGCGAACGGUUGUACGACUGUCUCGCAAAAGGCCCGAGACGCAAGCGAAUGGGAAACGUCGGAAGCAAACGCAUUGGUGAGAAGCAUGCGAGUCAUAGAUCGUUGUGUACCUCAACUUUUGUACACGCCUCUUCCUGCAAACACGAUUGUUUGGACUCCAAUAUACAGCGUUUCUUGUGUAGUUUCGUUUUCUAGCAUUCUUUAUAGCCGAGCCCGCGUGCACAAGCGGCGUUUUCUUUUUCUUUUUUCUUUUUGAAAACUUUAUGUGUUUUACUACAACGACACGUCAUUAGUGUUCACAGCGCGCUCGACUCUAAUGUGCCCUGAUCUGUACUUUGUGAACACAGAAUCCUGCUGUCUUGUUCAGGGAAAGCUGAACUUCCAUGCUUAGACUUGUCACAUACGUAAGACAGGGAUGUUAAAAAAUUUAACUAGUAUAUUUUCGUGUUUGUGUGAGCGUGUGUGCGAGUAUGCUUGAGCGUUGAUGCUGCUGAAGUAUACUUAAGAGACACUGAUGUCCAGAAUUUAUUGUUUCAUGUUUAAAUGACACAAAUUAGCACAUACUGCAAGGCCUCUUACGCUCAUACGCCCUAAUUCUUGUUUCCGUCCAGCACCGUUGGAAGCUGUAGAAAGCGCUAGCUCAACUUUAGGCACUUGAAUAGGUUUAACUGAGAAACAAUAUUAAUGUAUAGUGAUGCUACAUUCAUGCCUAUUUUAAUGCUACAUCGAAAUAAAAAAAGCAAAACGCCACAGAUACGGUCAGUGAGAUGCAAUUAGCUACGCAAACAUCUCAACAGUCACAAAAAAAAAGUAGAUCAAAUCGUAUAUGUAUACAUCCUCCGCACUGGAAGUAUGUAGUCUGCAGCUGCGGACAAGUUCCAACACGCUUAUUUAUUGCAGACAUGAAAAUAUUUGUAAGCACAGCCUGUAUCCAAGUAUGAAUCAAGCUGAGCUCUUGUGAGUGUUACAAAACGUGGUCGAAAAAAAGAAGGUUUAAAGCAGUACACCGUCGUGAAGCGCUUAACUGCGUUAUACUUUUUUUUUUCUUGAUUGCCAGAAAGUUCAUGUCUAUUGCGGCAAUCCAUGCAGUGAAGUCAUGAUACCUCACUUUUUUUUUUUUUUUUACUGAUACUGGAACGUUGAUUUACGUUAAUAGUGCUGUCCUCGCUUUCCUUUCUAUAUAGUUUUUUUCUUCUCUUCAUACGUUCUUUUUUUUUUCGUUCUUUCUCGGCUUGGUGUAGCUGAGCGCACAUGUGUGUGGAUACCUCCUUAUUUCCGGUUACGUCUACCUUCUUAAGCAAGUAUGAGUGCAUCUUCUUGAGUAUCUGUCCACUGUAAAAUACCACAUCACAUUGUUGAACCGAAAACUUCAUCGCGAGGCCACGACAAGAGCACAACACCGAGAAUAUAAGUUUUGCCAAACUUGAGUAUAUAUAUAAAUGAAACAGUGUGAACUCGGCGUGAACUGGUGCAUUGCAUAACUUAUAUGUCCAAAUAUGUGGCGUCUCACAGCGGCCGGUUUAGCUUCAAUGCAUUUGUGCCAGCCUGUGUGAACGAGGGGAGAAAAGGCUUCGAUCGUUCCAAGAGUAGAAGCUCGUCGACGAGCGUGUUGGCGGAAAUGUGUAAACCAACGUGGCCAAAGAAUUGCGCUACGCAGUAGGUGUGUACGCCCCAAGCGUGUUAACCACUUGCUUUAUGUGGGUGCUGCGUAGACCUUUAUGAACGGUGAAAGAAGAAAAAGAAUGAAAACGAGUAAACACCUUGUAUAACUCGACAAAACACACACAUGCGGAAGAUAUACGGAGAGAGGUAUGAGACAAAGACUGUUGUCGAUACCCCAACAGGUGUAUUUCUGGAGAAAAUGUGAAUUAACAGUGACGUGAGUGUGCGAUUGUGCUUUUUGUUUAUCUGUAUACUAAUGUACUUCUGCGCUGUGUCCCUCGAAUUAAUAAAGUGAUCUUGUAGAGUGGA